GCUGAACAAACUGGAUGGGCCAUGUCCAACACUUUCUGGCUCCAAGUUGUCAAUCACAUUCUCAUGAAUCAAGCUUGACCCAGGUGAUAUUUGGUCCCAAUCAACACAAUUCUCAGCUUUUCAUCCUGUCUGCAGAGAAAAUUAAAGUACAGGGUUUUAAGCUCAUUCAGUUACCAGUAACUAGUGGGUGUGUCCUGUCUGUGUCUAGGAUUGCCAGGGUAUAUCUCCCACCCUGGUCAUGUGUCCACUCCGCAGAGCCUUUCACUCUCUCAAGAAGCAACGGUAUUGCCUCGAGGCUUCAAGGGCUUUUUGUGCUAAACUGGAAACAUCAAGUAAUGUAAGAGGAGACAGAGCUAGCAUAUGCUACCCUGCUCACUUAUUAUUGACUAGAUUCCUUUCGGUGAAGUUGUUUCAUGACACACCUAUUCUUGAAGGAAUCUUUGUGGGUAGCCAUAGUCUUUAUUCAGAGGCAGAUGCAAGAAGUAGUGGUGAUAACCUUGAUGUGGAAGGUGGGGUUUUAGAAGCUGAAACACAUGCUGCAGUUGAUGUAAUUGAGGAUAGUAAUGCGGAUGAAGAAUAUGGGGAAAAAUUAGCUUCAGAACCAGGGUUUUUGCAUGAUGAUUUGUCUGAUGCUGAGAAAGGUGUGGUUGGUGAGGACUCACACAAGAAAAAGGCUUCUUUAGAGUUGUGUAAAGCUAUAAUGGAUGCUGCAAGCCACUCUGUUGCUGGUGUUCUUGGUAAGUGGUUUGAGGAAGGGAAUGAUUUGAACAGACUCAGUACUUCUAGGAUCAUAGUUAUACUUCGGAAGUGUAAGAUGUAUGGCAAGGCAUUGCAGUUCUCAGAGUGGUUGGAGACUAAUAAACAACCUGACCUUUACGAACAAGAUUAUGCUUUUCGCCUUGAUUUGAUUGCUAAAGUACAUGGUAUCGAAAAUGCGGAGAAGUACAUUGAGAAAAUUCCCAACCACUUCAGAGGCGAAUUAGUAUACCUAGCCCUCCUAACUUGCUGUGUCCUUGUCACUAACAUGAGGAAAGCAGAGACAGUGUUCAAGAAAAUGAGGGAGCUAGAAUUUCCAAUCACUGUUGAUGCUUGCAAUCAAAUGAUCAUCCUCUACAAGAGGCUUGACAAGAGAAGGAUAACCGAUAUCUUGUUGUUAAUGGAGGAAGAAAAUCUCAAGCCAUCUCUCUUUACUUACAGGCUCUUACUAGACGCCAAAGGGGAGUCCCAUGACCUUGUAGGGAUGGAGCUGUUGUUUGAGAAUAUGAAGGCUGAAGGAGUGCUACCUGACAUAUAUGUUUUAACUGUCUUGGCUAAACAUUAUAUAUCUGGGGGUUUAGAAGAUAAAGCUAAGACUGUCUUGAAGGAAAUUGAAGAAAGAAAGCUAAAGGAAAGUACUGAGGUGCGCAGAGCAUUGCUUCCUCUCUAUGCUUCUCUUGGAAACUCCGAUGAGGUGGCUAGAAUUUGGAAGGAAUGUGAAUUGGAUCUCACGCUGAACGAGAGCAUUGCUGCUAUAGAAGCAUGGGGCAAAUUGGGCAAAGUUGAGGAGGCAGAAGCAGUCUUUGAAAUGAUGCUUCAGAGGUGGAAGAAACUCUCUUCAAGGCCUUACAAUGCGCUCUUGAAAGUUUAUCUGAACCAUAAGCUUUUGACUAAGGGGGAGGAGUUUGUGAAGCGGAUGGGAGAUAGUGGGUGCUGGAUUGGCCCUUUGGCUUGGGAUGCACUGGUGAGAAUCUAUUUGGGAGCUGGGGAUGUGGAGAAAGCUGACUCCAUUUUGCAUAAGGCAGCUCAGCAGCACAGGGUGAGACCACUAUUCAACACUUACAUGGCUGUCAUGGAAGAGUACUCAAAUCUGGGUGAUAUACAUAAUACUGAGAAACUAUUUUAUAGAAUGAAACACUGUAGACACUCUGGCCAGCUAAAGCCAUUUGAGAUUCUGAUUCGAGCGUAUAUCAAUGCUAAAUCUCCUGUUUAUGGGUUUCGAGAGAGGAUGAAGGCAGAGAACAUGUUCCCAAACAAAGCAUUUGCACAACUGUUGGCACAAGUUGAUGCAUUCAGGGAAGGAUAAAGCAAAAAAGUUUUGUAGGAGGGAAGUACAUGGAAAUGGCUCAGUUUUUUAUUAUGGCUGAUGUAAUUUUUCAAGAAGUGGUUGAUAGUUGAUACUGGCAUCUUUCACUUCUUAUUUAAUACUCAAUUCUCAUAAUCAUCCAAACGAGAAGACAGAUUAUGGACAAGCUGGCAUGAACUUUGUUUUGCAAUGGUAGAACUAGAAAAUCAGGGUAUGCUGUAAAGAGAGAGCAGAUGAUUUGAAUGUGAUGCAAGUCAAUGGGAGCUGCUGUACUUCCAAGGGAAGUAACAUCAGAGCACCAUGAGAGUAGUCAAUUAAUGUACAUUAGAGCACAUUUUGAAAGAGUAGUUAGAUCUGAAGACUUUGAGACACACGACAAAAUCAAUCCUGAUGGCAACAUUGGCCCUGAAGUGAGUUUCUUUUUUGUUGGGAUAUGAUAUGAAGUCUUGAAACACGUGGCCACCUAACUAGUCUGUUGAGAAUCUAUAUGGCCGAUUCCAACAAUUUUGGGACUAAGCGCAGUUGUUGUAUGACAUGAAAUCUGUAGGUGCAUGAUUGAGGUGGUGAAUGUGUUUUGCAUGCAAAUUGUUAAAAAACAAUUUGCCAAGAAGGUUUUUGAUGAAAGCGUUGGAUCCAAGAAGAUAUUGCUUUUCUAAUAGGACAUGUUGUCUUUGGGAACUCUGGAAAUUAACCAAAAAACAGUUAAUUUUUUUUCCUUUGUGAGAUUUUAAGUAA